GUCUGCAAGUCCCGCCCUGAUUAGCUGCCUCCCGCACCAGUCGCGGCCCCGGGUCCUAAGGCGCCUAGGUUCCUCCCCUUAUUCCUGCAGGGAUUGGGCCUUGCGGCACUGCCCAGGCUCGCAUUGGUCCGAGGUGAGACCCGCCCCUCUGCACACUUGGGCCUUCCGGACAGCGGAGGAGCAGUGUCCGGCCAUGGCCGGGGCCCGCAGGCUGGAGCUGGGCGAGGCCCUGGCGCUGGGGUCGGGCUGGCGUCAUGCGUGCCAUGCUCUCCUCUACGCGCCGGACCCUGGGAUGCUCUUCGGCCGCAUCCCGCUGCGCUACGCCGUACUGAUGCAGAUGCGCUUCGAUGGACGCCUGGGCUUCCCCGGCGGAUUCGUGGACACGCAGGACAGCAGCCUAGAGGACGGGCUGAACCGCGAGCUGCGCGAGGAGCUCGGCGAAGCGGCGGCCGCUUUCCGCGUGGAGCGCACUGACUACCGCAGCUCCCACGUCGGGUCAGGGCCACGCGUUGUGGCCCACUUCUAUGCCAAGCGUCUGACGCUCGAGCAGCUGUUGGCUGUGGAGGCCGGCGCAACACGCGCCAAGGACCACGGGCUGGAGGUGCUGGGCCUGGUGCGAGUGCCCCUGUAUACCCUGCGGGAUGGUGUGGGAGGCCUGCCUACCUUCCUGGAGAACUCCUUUAUUGGCUCUGCCCGGGAGCAGUUACUUGAAGCUCUCCAAGACUUGGGACUGCUGCAGUCUGGCUCUGUUUCAGGCCUUAAGAUUCCAGCUCAUCACUAGAGGCAGCCCUCCAUGGACCCAUGGAAACUGAGAUGAGGACCUUGGUACUAGGGAGGGAGGGAAGGACGUGGGAAUGUUUUCUUAUUGGACUUGAGAGAUGAUACAUGAUCCCAGAUUAAAAGAAGGAGAAGUAUGUACCAUAUGUUUUGAGCCAGAGGCCCCUCCAACUCAUGGCAUCAGGGGCAAAAAUUCACAGCUCAUCCCAGGCACCCUGGCAGGUUCUCAGAGCCUGCCUCCUCCCUGUUUAUAUGCAUACAGCCUAGUAACCCCCAGGCAUGCAAAUAUACAAUCUGUAACAACACACAGCCUGACACCUUCCCCUGGUCAUGUCCAGUAUAACCAUGAAGUGGCAUUUGUCACCAUACCCUGGUCCCUGAUUGCAAGGAACUUCUGAAGCAAGGGUGAGUCCUUCCUACACUCCUCCAUGGCUGCCCUCCAGGGUCUAGCCCAGCCUAUUUGUUAGGGAGGAUAGAGAAGCAGAGGCCCCCCUGUGCUUCCUGAAAAUAGACUUGCUCUUGUCUUGAGUGGUGACCAAGGCAGUUGGCUCUUUAAAGGUGGGAGAACAGCCCAACCAAUCCCCAAUCCUUUUCUUCUGAAACUGAGCAGGAGGGGUAAGGAAGUGGCUAGGUCUCCUUGGACGGAGCAUGGACAUGAGACCUGUGAGUACUGGUGUCUCUCCUCCAGAGCUUUCAUCUUUGGGAUGCCUGAGACUCUGAGACUAUCACAAGGGAAUUGACCCACCCCAGUCUAACCCUGCCCUGCCUUCACUUCAUGUACAUAAAGGUGGCAUAAAAACAUAGACUGGAGGAGGUAAUCCAUGGGAAGACAAAAAGAAGAGGACUCAGGACAAGGCCCUGAGGAAGCCCAAUCCUAAAAGUUUGGGCAGAGGGAACCAGGCAUGUUAAAGACAGAAAGUGGACUAUGUGGAGUGCUUGUGAGGGUUUCACUAAAACAGAGGCAGAACUGUCCAUUGAAUUCAGUAACAUGAAGUGUUUGAUGACUAUGAUGGCAGCAAUUUCAGGAAGGGUGGUGUGGAAAGCAGGCUGGAUUGGUUGAGUGAAUGGAGAGUGGGGGAACACAGCAUGUGAGAAGUUGGCCCUAAAGGGGCUCAGGUUAAUAACUAGAGAGCUGUGGAGUCAAGGCAUGUUUGAGAUGGGAGGUAGAGCAUGCCAAUGCUGAUGGCAACAGUCAAGAUGGUGUGAUGAGAGAGGUGGGAGGGGCAUGAAGAGGAGGACCCCGAAUGAGCAGAGUUCAUGAGAAAGGAGGAGGGAUGGGACCUUUGUAAGAAGAGACACAGCCCUGCAGCCUCACACAGCUCAAUAAAACAGAAAGGGGCAAGUAUAGAAGAUUAGGAUGACUAAAUUAAUGGGGAAAUGAUGACGGAGUUUGAAUCGCUUUGUGAAAUGAAGUGAGACUAUCAGCUAGAUGUGGGUGGGGCACGUUCUCAGAAAGUAUGAAGUAGAUGUUUUCCUAGGUGUUGAAAUCAGGUUGAUUAAGGAAACAGCAGAAGGGCAGGGCAAGGCUGAGCUCUGAGAUGGUCAGUUUAGAGUAGGAUGCUGGGCACUCAGGUGUGUGUGUGUGUUGAGUGGGGCUCUGCAUGCACCUGUCUUCCCCUCAUCAGGAUUCAGGAGCUGGGAUGGAGAUGCUUACUGCAGUGCUGGGGUUUUGCCAGGGGAGUAUAGGAGGUGAGAGAAAGAUGGGCCAAUUCAGAUGAUAUGCACAGGAGAAAUUAUAGUGAUGAAAUGUGUGGUCUGAGGAUUAAUCUGACCAAGAUGGAAACUGAAAACUGGAGGUGACUAGGGAGAGAUUAGGAAAUUAGAGGUCUUGACAAGGUAGAAACUCCAGCAUGGUGAGGGGUUGGGCAGGGAGGUAUAUUUGAGCCAGACAGGAGUGCUUUGGAAAUUGAGAGGUGGAGCAAUCUCAGGUAAAGGGAAAAUAGAGGGUAUGACCUGGGGUUGCUGGCCAGAGCCAGGGGAGGAGCCUUAAGAAGUGAGAUCUAGGGUUGGUGAGGCUGGAGGGUAGGGUGAGCCUCCACGUGGGUGCUGGAGCAAGAAACCGACAGAUGUUGAGGAGGAUGGUGUGACCUAGGAGUCAGCAUCCUUGGUGAACACGAGGAGUGGCCACAAGGCCAGUGGCACCUGCCAGAGGGGAAAGCAGGCAUGACAGGAUAGCAUCUCCCAGGUGAGAGCCUUUUGAGGAAGGGAGGGUGGGCAGUGGUCUGGAAGCUCAACGCAGAGCAAUGUGGUUCCCACUCUCAGCCCUUGGUCUUAGAAGAAUGGGAGUACCCAGUGGGGGAACAGCUGUACAAAUGAGAUAGACCCCUAGAGGUUAAUCAUCAUCUCCUAAUCUCACCCUGACCCUUUUGUCAAAUGUUAUCUAGAUUAAACCUCAGUAUAGGCAGGCUGCAGGAAAUGGACAUUCCAGUGGCUCCCGGGGUCCCAGCCUGUAGCACCUUCAUCUGCGCUUUGCGCACUUGGCUCUCAGUCAUAUCUGCAAGGGACCCUGAAGCCUGGGAGGUCAGAGUCACUGACCCUUGAUGGCACUGCUGACACACCCCUUCCCUUAGGUAAUUCUGGAUGCAUAACUCAUUAUGGGAUGUAAUCCAGGUCAACAUUAAUGCCACCUGGAAGGUUCCGCCCUCAGCCUCUCUGCUUGAGUAUCCCAGUGAUCAGUCUCUCAGGACCUGCCUACUGGGCAGCUCAUCUCUCCACUUAUUUGCAUUAAAUUGACUUUUUAUUUA